AUGGACAACCAGUUGGCAAGCCUCAAUCCUGCGUUCGGUAUCAAGAAACCGAGUUUCUCCGCAAAGCCAAAACCGGUUGUAUUCAACGUCAACAGUCGUGAUGAUGCAGCAGCAGCAGCAGCAGCAGCAAAGCAGUGUCCACUAUGCCUGGAGAGUUCGCAUUUUAGUCUGGACAAGUGCAAGAAGUUCCAUGCACUGUCUAUAGCUCAGCGUCGGACCGCCGCAAAAUCGUGCAAGGUGUGCUAUAUCUGCUUGAAUUCUGACCACGCCAGGAAGAGCUGUAAAUCCAAGAAAACGUGUUCCAUCUGCGGUAAAAAUCAUCACGACCUGGUUCAUACCGAUGCUGUGCCACGUAACAUCACGCCUCGCACUCCGAACGUGUGCAAUGUGAAUGGUAGGAACGCGAACACGCUGCUACGUGUAGGAAAAGUGAAGAUCAUGGGUCCGAAUGGCGUCGAGGAAGUGUUUGCUCUGUUUGAUGAAGGCUCUUCAUUGUCGAUGGUUGAUGCCAACGUUGCUGCGCGGAUUGGUCUGCAGGGACCGACAUCUCCUGUGACUUACCGAUGGACGAACGGUAUUUCGCACAAGGAGGAACAUUCAAUGCUGCUAUCUUUCGACAUCUCUGGACCUUCGACUCAAGCAAAACGUUUUAGGGCAAAUGGCAUUCGCACUGUACAGAACCUCGAUUUGCCACCAGUGAAGUUCGACAUCGAGAAGGUGAAGCAGCUGUAUCCAAUGCUCGACGAAGAUAAGCUGGUCGCAGUUCACGGUGCCAGACCGUGUAUGCUCAUCGGCUCAAACAAUGCUGGUUUGAUUGUACCACUAAAAACAGUGCAAUACUCGCUGUACGGUCUGCAGUUGACUCGUUGCCAUCUAGGUUGGACUGUUCACGGUUCGAUUGAACCGAGCGAUGCAGCACCGGACUACUGUCAUGCGUUACUGUGUUCCGAGGAUGACGACGUUGAGCUGACGGAUCUGGUGAAGCAGGUCUAUAAGGUGGAAGAUUUUGGGAUAACCGGACAGUCUCCGAAGAUAUCCGACGAGGACCAACGUGCAAUCGAUAUUAUGAACCGUACCAUCACACGGCGUGGAGAACGCUUCGAAGUAGGCCAACUCUACAAGUAUAACAAUUUCUCGUUUCCGGAUAGCAAACCCCAUGCGUUGCGGCGGCUGCAAAUUAUCGAGAGGAAGAUGGACUCCAAUCCCGAGUUCGCAGAGAAGUAUUGCAGCAAGAUCGAAGAUUACGUGAACAAGGGGUAUGCUCGGCUGCUGGAACCUGGAGAGCUGGAUGAAACGCCAAAUACGUGGUACUUGCCACACUUCAGCGUCGAGUCUGGCGAAAAAUUCCGCCUGGUUAUGGACGCCAAGGCGAAAUCGCACGGUUUCUCCCUCAAUGACUUGCUGCUGAAAGGUCCUGACUUCGUUCCUGCUUUAAUUGCCAUACUGAUGCGUGCUAGGAAGAAGAAGAUUGCUUCCGUGGCGGACAUAAAGGAGAUGUUCCACCAAGUUCUCAUCCGUAGAGUGGACCAGGACUCGCAGCGCUUCUUUUUUCGUGGAAUGGAUCGCUCGUCACCCCCUAACGUGUACAUCAUGAUGGUCAUGAUAUUCGGAGCAGUGUCUUCUCCCUCCGUGGCUCAAUUCAUCAAGAAUUUCAAUGCGAAGGAGUUGGAAGAAGGGUAUCCAGGUGUGGAGCGAGCCGUAGUAGAUCAGCACUAUGUUGAUGAUUAUUUUGAUUGUGCUGACACCGAGGAAGAGGCGAUCCAACUGGUACGACGUGUGGUCAAGACUCACGAACAUGGUGGUUUCCGGUUGGUCAAAUUUGCAUCGAACAGUGAAGCCCUGUUAGACUCCCUGGACCCCACCUUGAUUGCCGAUCGAACGGAAAACGAAACACCUGUGCUUGGUAUUAGAUGGGAUCUCCGCUCCGACGAACUUGUAUUUUCUCUGGAUUUUCCGAAGCUGAUUGAGGAGUUUCGAACCGGCGAAAGUGUACCUACAAAACGACAGUUUUUGAAGUUCAUGAUGGGCAUUUUUGAUCCGUUGGGCUUGCUUAGUCCCAUCACAAUCCAGCUGAAAAUUAUUUUUCAAGAACUGUGGCGGUUGCAGUCCGGCUGGGAUGACGAGAUUCCAGAUGGUUUGGUUCCAAGAUGGAGGGAAUGGUUGGAGCAAACUGCGAAGCUUAACGAGGUUCGACUGCCAAGGUACUAUUUCCCAGAGAUUCCGUCGUUCUCUAAUGCUGAGCUGCAUGCCUUUUGUGACGCUAGUGAUAAGGCUUUCGCUUGCGUCGUUUAUAUGGUUCAUCGUCAUGAAGACAGGUCGUAUGUCGCCUUAGUCUACGCCAAGGCUAGGGUCGCUCCUCUCAAGAAUUCGACAGUGCCACGUUUGGAGCUUCAGGGCUGCGUUCUUGCGAGUCAGAUGGUGAAAACUCUUCAGGACGAAAUGAAGAUAGAGAUCACGAAAGUGUAUUUCUGGACCGACUCCAAAAUUUGCUUGAGUUGGUUGAAGACAAGUCAGAAGCUUACUGCCUAUGUUGGAUCCCGCAUUAUGAAGAUUAAGGAGAACGGACACAGUGUCGAUAUGUGGCAUUGGGUGCCAUCGCAGUUGAACAUUGCUGAUCUGGCAACGAAGUCAAGCAAAUUCGGCAGUAUGCAAGAAUGGCUCAAAGGUCCGGAUUUCCUGCCACAUGUCAGCACCCGCUGGCCGAUCGACGCGCCGGUAGAACUGUCGCCUGCUGAGUUUGUGAAUUUCCACGCCGAGCUGAUCGUCGACACUUCCGUUGAUUCGUUGUGCUGCACUGUAUCUGAAGAUUGCCUAAUGGACCUUCCCGAGAUCGAGCGAUUCUCCGACUUCAACCGCCUAAUCAGGUCAACAGCAUAUUACCUGAGGAUGAGAAGGAUAUUAGUACUACCGAAAAAUGAAAAACCAAAACGUUUAAAUAUCACUGUUCAUGACAUGAACGAAGCAAGGAAUGCAUGGUACAGGAAGAUACAAUCGGAGGUUUUUGGCGAAGAGUUGCGGAGUCUGAAGCAGACCGGUUUUGUGAAGAGCAGCAGUCGCUUGAAAAGUUAUUCGCCGUUCAUCCAUAAUGGAAUCGUCCGUAUGCGCGGGCGUGUGCAAGACUGCAGCAAACCAUUUGAUGUUAACAACCCGAUAAUUCUCCCCGAUAAUCAUCCCUUCUCGAACCUACUGAUUCGUAUGUACCACGUCGCCAACGCUCAUCAGGGUUUGGAAACGGUGAUAAACAAUAUCAAAGAACGUCAUCGUAUUCUGAAGAUCCGCUCACAGGUGAAGAAAUUAACGAUGUCCUGCAUCAAGUGUCGAGAGCUUCGGGCCAAACCAACCGUCCCACAAAUGGGAAAUCUUCCCCCGGAGCGAACAACCCCGUUUGUGUUUCCGUUUUCAAACACCGGAAUAGACUAUUUCGGCCCGAUGUCUGUUAAGGUGGGUCGUCGUGUCGAGAAAAGGUGGGUGGUUCUAUUCACCUGCAUGACUUCAAGGGCUGUCCAUCUCGAGGUGGUACCAUCGUUGGACACGAACAGUUGCAUAAUGGCAAUCCGUUGCUUUAUGUCCAUCCGUGGGUUACCACAAUGCAUAAUGACAGAUAAUGGGACAAAUUUCACCGGUGCAGAUCAAGAGCUCAAGAAACUGGUCAGAACACUGGAUUCCCCACAGAUCGAGGACACGUUGAGCGUGAGAGGUGUACAAUGGAAGUUCAUCCCGCCUGGCGCUCCGCAUUUUGGAGGAUGCUGGGAGCGAUUAGUGCGCUCUGUCAAGAAUGCUCUACGUGUGAUGCUCCGAGAAAGACAUCCGACGGACUUGGUGUUGCGAACUGCUCUUUGCGAAGUGAUGAACACUGUCAACAACAGGCCGUUGACGCACGUUUCGGACGAUCCUCUUGAUGCAGAACCAUUAACUCCGAACAUGCUGCUAUUGGGAAGAAACAACUCGAUACAGUUCGAUCACGAUUUCGACGAGCGGAAUAUGGAUUGCCGGGCGGCCUACAAGAGUGCUCAAAUUUACGCAGAUCGUUUCUGGCGAAAAUGGUUGUCAUCCUACAGACCGGAGUUAAUCAGAAGCCGCAAGUGGCCAGACAACCGAAGCUACCACGAGUAUCAUGUAGGCGACGUUGUAAUGAUAGUGGAUGAAAAUUUACACCGAGGAUGUUGGCCAAAAGGAAUUGUAGACAAGGUUUUCAAGGGUCCAGAUGGAAAUGUUAGAACUGUGUCCGUCAAGACUUCAAAAUCGUCGUUCACGAGGCCUGUUAGCAAGAUUGUUUUACUUCAAGCGAUCAGCUCGUCUUUGGGCCCGGAGAAUGUUGCCAACAGUAGCUGCAACUAG